AUGGGUACAAUAUUUCGUAUUGAUAGUAUCGAAUUAUUAACUGAUGAAAUAUGGUUUGUAAAACUAAUAUUGAAUGAAGAAGAAGAUAAAAAUUCAAGUGAUUUGAUUAAUCAUUUUAAAAAGGAAAUUAACCAAACUGAACAUCAUUUAAUGACAUUGGGAAAAUUUUUAUAUUUAAUGGGUGAUUUAGAUAAAGCAGAAAAAUAUUAUCGCCUUUUUCUUGAUCAAAUAUUGUCAUCAAAAUUACUGUUCGAUAAUACUUAUCAUCAUAAUGAAAUGAUUGCAAUGCUUUUUAAUGAUCUUGCUUUAGUAUAUAAUGCCAGAGGAAAUUUUGAAUUAGCCUUAAAAAAUUAUCAGCAUGCUUUUGAUAUUUAUUUAUCAUUGGAACCAAUGAAUCCAAUUUCAAAUACAGCAAUCUAUAGUAAUAUUGGAAAUGUUCUUAUCGAAUUGGGUGACUAUCAGAAAGCUUUUAAGAUGUAUAAUACAGCACUUGAACUACGAUUGCUCUAUUCUUCGAUUAUUCAAGAUGAGCCUGGUCUCGCACAAAUCUAUAAUAAUAUAGCUGUUUGUUAUAAUCAAAAUGGUCAGUAUAAUCGUUCAACUGAAAACUUUGAAAAGUCAAUUAAUAUUAAACUAAAAUAUUUGCCUUCAAAUCAUCCAUCACUUGGAAUAACCUACAGUAAUCUGAGUGACCUAUAUAGAGCAAAUGGUGAUUAUGAAAUGGCAUUGAAAUAUUGUCAGCAAGCACUUGAUAUUCAUCUGUUGGUAUUACCAAAAGAUCAUAUAGAUCUUGCAACAACAUAUAAUGCUAUGGCUAACAUAUAUAUUGAUAGUGGAAAUUCAAUAAAAGCUAAAGAAAAUUAUGAGAAAGCACUUGAAAUUAUAUUAAAUCAAAUGUUGCCACCGCAUCAACUCUUAAAUACUAUUUAUAAUAAUAUUGCCAAUAUUUAUAUGAAUGAAUGUCACUAUGAACUUGCAAUCAAAUACUAUAAACUUGCACUUGAUAAAAUUGACUCUUCAAACUUAACAAAUCAUGCUGUUAUUUACAAUAAUCUCGGAGAAAUUUAUCGUAAAAUUGGUAAUUAUACGGAAGCAUUAAUUAAUCAUAAAAAAGCGCUUGAUAUUCGAAUGACAUUGUAUCCUUCGCUUGAUCAUAUUGAUCUUGCACAAUCAUAUCAUAACGUUGGAACAGUAUUUUGUGACAAUGGACAAUACGACACAGCUUUAGAUUGCUUUAAGUCGGCACUUGACAUCAAAGAAAAAAUAUUGAAUCCUAACCACUCAUCAAUUGCUAAAACAUACAUAAAUAUGGCUGAAAUAUAUCGAAAACAGUGGAAUUAUAUUGAAUCAUUGAAAUAUAAUGAGAAGGCGUUGCAAAUGGAAAAACAGCAAUCACCUCUUAAUAAUUCGGACUUGGCAACUAUUUAUAACAAUAUUGGUUUAACAUAUUUGGACGAAAAUAAUUUUAUAUUAGCGAUGGAAAAUUUUCAACAGUCACUUGAUCUAAAAUUGAAAUCAUCCGAUUCAAAUGAUUUAUCACUUUCAAUGACAUAUAUAAAUAUAGCAACAGUUUAUAGUGAAAAAAGUGAUUAUACAAGUGCAUUAGCUUAUUUACAACGAGCUUUAAACAUUAAAUUGCAACAUCUUCCACCUAAUCAUUUGAAAUUUGGUUUUUUAUAUAAUAAUAUUGGAGCAAUAUAUUUGAAAGCUCAAAAUUUUAUUGAUGCAUGUGAAAGUUUUAAGCACGCGUUAGGCAUUUAUUUACAAAAUCCAUUAUCAAAUACGUCUGAAAUUGCAACGAUAUUCAGUAACAUUGGAGCAUUGUAUCAAUUAAAUGGUGAAUAUAAAUUGGCCAAAGAAAACUAUGAAAACUCAUUAUUAUAUGACUUAAAAUCGUUACCAGAAGAUCAUCCAAGUAUUAUACAAACCAAACAGCAAAUAUCAUUGAUCGAUACACUUCUUUGA